ACUGCCGAGAAUGUACAGCUGUUAAUAUAUUAUUAACUUGAACCCGUAUAGUUGUAACUGAGCAUUGAGCUAAAGUUUUUUUAAAAAUGAGUCGUUGGGUUGGAAAAAUUGCUGUAGUUACCGGAGCAUCUUCAGGAAUAGGAUUAACAAUCGCACAAACUUUGGCCAACCAAGGGAUGAUCGUCAUUGGGUUAGCUAGAAGGAAAGAUGAGAUGGAGGAAAAAAUGAAGCAAUUGAAAAAUCCAAAGGGAAAAUUUCAUGGGUUCAUGUGUGACAUUUCGAAGGAACAAAAUGUUAUAGAUGCUUUUAAAUGGAUUAAGGAUAAUUUUGGAACCGUAUCUGUUCUAGUUAAUAAUGCUGGAAAAGUAGUUGUGUCUGAAAUUGCUGACGCAUCCAGUGAUAUUAUUCGCUCGACCUUUGAACUUAACGUUUUUGGAUUAUUGUAUUGUUCACGGGAAGCAUUGAAGCAUAUGAAAAGUGCGAACGUCGAGGGACACAUAGUCAAUAUUAACAGCGUCGUGGGACGCAAAAUACUGAAUUUUCCAGAUUUGCCUCUAGGCAUAUACAUGUCUUCGAAAUUUGCAGUGACAGCAAUCAGUGAAAUACUUUACAAUGAAGUACUGGGAGGAAAAAUCAGAGUUACCGACAUAAAACCUGGAUUCGUAGAAACUGGGAAUAUUCCCGACUUUGAUAUGAACAGCGUCGUUCACUUGAACACUACAGACAUUGCGGAUGCUGUAGCAUAUGUGAUCGACCUGCCACAACACGUGCAGAUAACGGAACUGAUAAUUAAGCCACUCGGAGAAAAGUUUUAAUUAAGUUUCUAGUCUCAAUUAAAAUUUGUCCAUGGGCAUGAAAUGUA